AUGCAGCCCGGGCUGGAGCCCAAUGCCACGUCCGCCGCGGGGCUCGCGGCCACACCUGAGCCACUGUUGCGACUCGUCCUCGCCGGGGCCUGUGGCCUCGUCCUGCUGGUGGGGCUGCUGGCCAACGGGCUCAUGCUGCUGGUGGUGGGCCGGGGCCCGGGCGCCUCCCGGCCGCUCCUCGUCCUGACCAACAGCCUCAUGGUGAACAUCACGCUGUCUGACCUGCUCUUCCUGGCCUGCGUGGUGCCCGUGCUGCUGCUGAGCUUCCUGCGGCCCGACUGGUGGCUGGGCCCUGUCGUCUGCACCACCAGCCAGGCCACCAACAAUGCCACCAUGUUCUGUACCUUCUACAGCAUGGUGGCCACGGCUUUGCUGCGCCAUGUGGCCGUGGCCCGGCCUGAUGUGGCCCUCCCCUCUGGCCGGGGCGCCCGCCUGCUGCUCUGUGGGGCCAUGUGGGUCCUGGGCCUCACUGUGUCAUUGCCCAACUGGCUGUUCCAAAGGGUGGUUGUGGAGGAGGGGGCCGCAGGGGCCCGGGCCUGCCUCUUGCUCCUGAGCCCGGCCCAGACCUCCUGCUACUUCACCCUGCUGGGAGCCCUGGCCUUCCUGCCUUGUAUGUUGGGGCUCGGCUGCUCUUUCAGCCACGUGGGCUGGCUCCUGUGGACACAGCCUCGUGGCCCCAUUGGGGAGAGCAUCCCGGAGCACCAGGAGAACACAGGGUUCAUCCUUGUGGUGCUGGUGGUCUUCGUGCUGAUGUGGGGGCCCUGCUCCGUGCUGGGCUAUGUGGCAGCUGUGGGUGGCCUGCCUGCCACGCCAGUGGCUUUCGUGGCAUCCAGCCUCUGCACCAUCCUGGCCUACUCCAAUUGUGCCGUCAGCCCCGUCCUCUGCUUCUACCUGUCCCGCCCCUUCCAGGCGGGGCUCAGGGAUCUCUUCCGCAGGCCAAGGGCAGCCAGGCACCCAGGGCGUGUGGGCGGGGCCAGUGUGCUGCUGGAGAGCAUCCGGGACAGGGCCCCAGGAGGCCUAUGGGGUCUGGCUGGGGUCUGA